AUGUCUCUGUCGAUGUAUGCCCACACAACGUAUAUGCAGGCCAACCACCAUAGUUUUGUAAACAAGAGUAAAUAUAAAAGUAGCGAGAAUCCUAUUAUGCCUCCAAAUGUCAUCGUUACCAUCCAUGCUGCCGCAGCUAGUAUACAUUGCGUCCUCCAUCGACAACAUUUAGUUGCUAAAAAUUUGAGUGUUAGAUUGCAUGAAUCACUUCAUUUAGUCAUUGAUGCAGUAAACCGAAUCCGAAGCAACGCGUUGAAUACGCGGUUAUUUGCGCAGUUGUGUGAAGAAAAUGACGAACACUUUCAUCAAUUACUCCUUCACACUGAAGUACGCUGGCUGUCGAAAGGCUUAUGUUUGACAAGAUUUUUUGCACUUUUUGAGACUAUUUUAGAAUUUCUGGAUUUCUGGAUACUAAAGAUAAAAUUUUAA